UUAUUAUAUUAGCCAGAAAAUUUUCUGGAUCCGCCGCUGAUUAGAGACUCCUCUCUCAAUUCCUCUCUCCCUCUCACAGAUCUUUACCCUUGGCCAGCCCCUUAGAUGCGCCGCCUGUCUCCGCCGUGUUCCGCGGCGGAAUACGGUACAACGGCCCACGAAGGCUAGCUCCGACGCCGCGAUCCCCCGUCAUAUCCGCCCAUAAGUCUCCAUCCUCCAAUGGGCUCCGCUCAGUCGUCCCCACCCCGAGGCGAAGAAGACGAGGAGAACGGGAGGAUGUCCAAGCGUUCCAAGGAGAAGGUUUUGGAGCAAGAGCCGGAGAUCCUUCCCUACCACACCUCGGCCACCCCCCUCACCCCCCAGCUCUCCGCCGCCAGCACUCCCCGCGUCCUCGGCCCCUCCAUCAAGGUCUGGGACCCCUGCAACGUCCUCCUCCAGCCCCCGCCGCCGCUAUCAUUUCCCCGGAGCUUCGAUUCGGAUGAUUCGACUGCUACCGAGGUAUUUCUCAUCAACCACGGCGAGAGUGAGGCUAGCUUGCGGCCUGAUCUGGUCGGAGGGCGGUGCCCCGCCGCGAAGCUGACCGCCGCCGGGGAGCGCCAGGCCCGGGCGCUGGCUGUAUUUCUCAAUUCCCAGGGUGUAAGGUUCAAUGCUGUCUAUGCUUCGCCGCUGGAUCGAGCAAUGGCGACCGCUGCUUCUGUUUGCCGGGAGUUAAAUUUCCCAGAGGAACGAAUACAAUCUACUGAUGCUUUGCUUGAGAUGAAUCAGGGCCAAUGGGAAGGCUGCGUGCUACCAGAAAUCUACACCCCUGAAAUGGUCAGCUUGAUUGAUAGACACCAACCAGAUUUCUCAGCACCUUCAGGUGAAUCAAUUAGACAGGUGGAGUUUCGUAUGAUUGAAUUCCUCAACAGAACUGUUGAAAGACUACCUGAAAAGCUGAGCACAGAUCUUUUAAUGCAUCGGAAUGAGAGUAGGGCUUUCUCACACCACAGUUCAGCCAAUUCUGUACAAGUGCAAGAUGGGCCUCACUGGGAUUUACCUUACAGGUUUGACCGACAAGGACUGACAAGGAAGAGAUCUGGCAAGAGCAGACUUCAGAUUGUGACUACGAUGGACAAUGAGAUUGAAGAUGAGGUCUCCCCAAGGGAGGCCAACCAUGGGAAUAUCCUCCAUGAAGCAAAUACGAAGAGGCACUCCACCAACUUGAAUGGGGUCUUCACCCAUGCAACCCCAAUCAAAUGCCUUCUCACCAGCAUAUUGAAUUGCAGUCCGGCUACGUCUCAUAAAAUCUGCAUAGAUGAUUCUUCUGUGACGGUUCUGCAGCACUCUCUAAGAGCAGGAUGGUGUAUAAAGAGGGUGAAUGAUACCUCACAUCUCAGGCUUCUAUAGGAGAUUAAAGAAUAUCAAUUUUCCUCAUCAUUGAUUGGCUUAAAAUUGAACUGGGGUAGCUGCAUCCAUCUUUGAAUAAUAUGCAGUGCUUGCUGCUGCAAAAGAGGGAUGAAACAACAGUGAGAAUUGAAGAAGCUGAAGUAGUUAUUUCUGUUUAUUUUUCAUCACAUCAUCAGCAGCAAAUGCUUUGGAAUUGGAGAUGUUAUUUGAGUUGUUGUAUCUGUUAUUUUUUAAAUAUUUGGACAAUACCUAAUCUAUAGGUGUAUUUUAUUAAUUUACAUUAUUUAUUUGGAAUAUAUUUUGCUUUUCACGAAAUUGCAAUAUGAGCCUAUCACGU